GGGACGGGAACGGGAACGGGAACCGGCGGGGCGGGACGGGACCGGGACGGGACGGCCGGGCACCUGCCGAGCGCCUCUUUUGCACCCGCUUUGCGCCCCUUUUGCGCCCCCGCGAUGCGGAGCCCCGCCGCACUCCUGCUGCUGCCGUUGCUGGCCGGGUUGGGGAGGGCCCCGGCCCCCGACCCCCCCCAGGGCUGCGCGCGCGGCAGCUGCUACCCGGCUACCGGGGACCUGCUGGUGGGGCGAGCCCCCCGCCUGAGUGCCACCUCCACCUGCGGGCUGCACCGGCCCCAGCCCUACUGCAUCGUCAGCCACCUCCAGGAGGAGAAGAAGUGCUUCGUCUGUGACUCACGGCGGCCCUAUGAUGCCCGCACCAACACCAACAGCCACCGCAUCGAGAACGUAGUCACCACCUUUGCCCCCCGCCCCAAGAAAGCCUGGUGGCAGUCAGAGAACGGUGUGGAGCACGUCAGCAUCCAGCUGGACCUGGAGGCUGAGUUCCACUUCACGCACCUCAUCAUGACCUUCAAGACCUUCCGCCCUGCGGCCAUGCUGGUGGAGCGUUCGGCCGAUUUUGGGCGCAGCUGGAAGGUCUACCGCUACUUCGCCUAUGACUGCGCUGCCUCCUUCCCCCACGUUCCCCGUGGGCCCCCACGCCGUGUCGAUGACAUCAUCUGCGAGUCCCGCUACUCCGACAUCGAGCCCUCCACCGAGGGGGAGGUGAUCUACCGGGUGCUGGACCCCGCCAUCCCCAUCCGGGACCCCUACAGUCCCGCCAUCCAGAACCUGCUGCGCGUCACCAACCUGCGGGUGAACCUCACUAAGCUACACACACUGGGGGACAACCUGCUGGACACGCGACGGGAGAUCCAGGAGAAGUACUACUACGCACUCUACGAGCUGGUGAUGCGUGGGAACUGCUUCUGCUAUGGGCAUGCCUCUGAGUGUGCCCCGCUGACCGGGGCCCCUGCCACCACCGACGGCAUGGUGCAUGGGCGCUGUGUCUGCAAGCACCACACGCAGGGGCUGAACUGCGAGCGCUGUGAGGACUUCUACCACGACCUGCCCUGGCGCCCAGCCGAGGGCUCCAGCACCAACGCCUGCCGCCGCUGCGACUGCAAUGAGCACUCACGGCGGUGCCACUUCGACAUGGCGGUCUUCCUGGCCACGGGGAACACCAGUGGGGCUGUGUGCGACAGCUGCCAGCACAACACUAUGGGCCGCCGCUGCCACCUCUGCAAGCCCUUCUACUACAAGGACGCCAGGAAAGACCUGCGGGACCCCGCAGUGUGCCGAGCCUGUGACUGUGACCCCGAGGGCUCUCUGGAUGGGGGGCUGUGCGACGGCGCCGAUGACCCAGCCCGGGGGCUGAUCGCAGGGCAGUGCCGCUGCAAGGAGAAUGUGGCUGGUCCCCGCUGUGACCGCUGCAAACCCGGCUUCUUUGGCCUCAGUGCUGCUAACCCGCAGGGCUGCCAACGGUGCCAGUGUGACCCCCGCGGCACAGUGACUGAGGGUACCCGGUGCGACCCCAUCAGUGGCGAGUGCCUCUGCAAGCGGCUGGUGACUGGACGCAACUGCAACCAGUGCCUGCCUGAGCACUGGGGAUUGAGCCACGACCUCCCGGGCUGCCGGCCAUGCAACUGCAAUGUGGGAGGUGCCCGCGACAACCUGUGUGCAGUGGAGACAGGACAGUGCCGGUGCCGCAGCCACGUGGUGGGACGGCAGUGCAGCCAGGUGGAGCCUGGCUUCUACCACAUCAACCUGGACCAUUACACCUAUGAGGCUGAGGAUGCUCGGCUACAUCAGGGCUCAGUGGUGGAGCGUGAGCCCCCCACAGACCAGCCGGCUUCAUGGACGGGGAGAGGCUUUGCCCACAUGCUGGAGGGCAGCUGGGUGGAGUUUCACGUGAGUGACGUGCCUUUCUCCACCGAGUAUGACGUGAUCAUCCGGUACGAGCCCCAGCAUCCGGAGCCCUGGCAGGAGGUGAGGCUGAUGGUGCUGCGCCCCAGCCCCAUCUCAGCCAGCAGCCGUUGUGGAAACACCAUCCCAGCCGAUGACCAGCUCUCCACCAGCCUCCCCUCCGGAGCCAGGUACGUGGUGCUGCCCCAGCCUGUCUGUCUGGAGCGGGGUGUCUCCUACACCCUCCGCCUGGAGCUGGGCUGUGCUGCUACUCAGCAGGAUCCCACCGCCAGCGUGCUCAUCGAUUCGCUGGUGCUCCUGCCCCGUUACUCCUCGCUGGAGAUGUUCAUCGCAGGUGACCCCAGCUCCAUGGAGCGCCGGGAGACAUUCGAGCGGUACCGCUGUGCCCAGUCCUUCCACGCUGCAGGGCCCUCGCCUGUGGCCGAGCCCUGUUCCAGCCUCCUGCACAGCCUCUCAGCCAUCCUGCAUGAUGGGGCACUGCCCUGCCUCUGCAACCCCCAGGGCUCACUCAGUGCCGAGUGCCAGCCCCAGGGCGGGCAGUGCCGGUGCAAACCCAACGUCAUGGGACGGCGCUGCCACCGCUGCUCCCCAGGAACCUUCGGCUUUGGGCCUGGUGGGUGCCGAGUGUGCCAGUGCAGCAGUGAGGGGUCAGUGAGCACCGUCUGUGAUAGUGUCACGGGGCAGUGCUCCUGCCGCGAGGGUGCCCAUGGUUCACGCUGCGACCGCUGCCAGCCUGGCUACUGGGGCUUCCCCUCCUGCCGGCCCUGCCAGUGCAACGGGCACACCGAGGAGUGCGACCCCCAGACGGGCAGCUGCCUGCGCUGCCGUGACCACACAGAUGGUGAGAGGUGCCAGAGGUGCGCAGCUGGGCACUUUGGGAACCCGGCGCUGGGCUCUGGGCAGCAUUGCCGGCCCUGCCCCUGCCCCGAGGGGCCCGGCAGCCACCGCCACUUUGCCACCUCCUGCUACCAGGACAGCCGCUCCCAUGAGGUCGUCUGCCACUGCAGCCCCGGGUACACAGGUCCCCGCUGUGAUGAGUGCGCUCCCGGGUACUAUGGGGACCCACUGCAGCCUGGCGGGCGCUGCCUACCCUGCCAGUGCCACAAUAACAUUGAUGUGAUGGACCCAGAGGCAUGUGACCGGCACACAGGGCGCUGCCUGCGGUGCCUCUACAACACGGUGGGGCCAUACUGUGCCGAGUGCCAGCCCGGCUACUACGGGGAUGCUACGCGGCACAGCUGCAGGCGUUGCUCCUGCAAUGUGCUGGGCACCGACCCCAGCACCUGUGGGCCCCAGCAGUGCCAAUGCGACAGGCGCAGUGGGCAGUGCCACUGCCUACCCCAUGUGGAAGGCCAGAGCUGCGACCGCUGCAGCCCCAACUUCUGGAACCUGGGCAGUGGGCAGGGGUGCCAGCCCUGCGCCUGCCACCCCCAACACGCCCUGACACCUGCCUGUGACCAGUUCACGGGGCAGUGCUUGUGCCGGCCGGGAUUCGGGGGCCGGACCUGCACAGACUGCCAGGAACACUACUGGGGCGACCCACGGCAGCAGUGCCGAGCCUGUGACUGUGACCCCCGCGGCAUUGCCAGCACCCAGUGCCACCGUGGCAGUGGCCACUGCGACUGCCGGCCCGGCAUCUCAGGCAUCCGCUGUGACCAGUGCGCCCGGGGCUUUGCCGGCACCUUCCCUGCCUGCCAGCCCUGCCACCCCUGCUUCGGGGACUGGGACCGGGUGGUGCAGGACCUGGCUGCCCGCACCCGGGCACUGGCACAGCGGGCCAGCCUCCUGCAGCACACUGGGGCCACCGGCACCUUCGAGGGCACCUUCCGGCAGCUGCAGGAGAGUCUGGCCACUGUGCGUGACGUGGUGGCCGCCCGCAAUGCCACUGCCACCACGGCCACACACCUGACACAUGCCACGGAGGGUCUGCGGCGGCAGAUCGAGGAAGCGACAGAGAGACUGACGCGGCUGGAGGGGGAGCUGACGGCCACCCAGGAUGCGAACUUCAACGCCAGCCACAUGCUGAGUGCAGUGGACCGGGGUGCCCGUGCCUUUAACCACAGCCUGCAGGACCUGGAGCAGCAGCUGCAUGCCCUCAAGACCUCCAAUUUCCUGGGUGCCUAUGACAGCAUCCGCCAGUCCCAUGGGGAGUCGCGGGAGGCAGAGCACCAGGCAGAUGCCUCCACCCGUGCCAUACCCAGCCCUGUCAGCACCUCGGCAGCCACCCGGCGACGCACCGAGCAGCUCCUGGCCAGCCGGCGGGACAACUUCAACCGCCAAAAUGCAGCCAGCCGGCGGGCGCUGAUGGACCUGGCGGCGAGGGCACGGGUGCUGAAUCUGCACCCACUCAACGAGAAGGUGUGCGGUGCAGCUGGUGAUGUGCCCUGUGCCGAGAGCCCCUGCGGGGGAGCCGGAUGCCGGGACGAGGAUGGGACACGGCGCUGUGGGGGUCUGAGCUGCAGCGGGGCCGUCUCCACAGCUGACAGCGCGCUGGACCGGGCACACCAUGCCCAGGAGGAGCUGCGGCGGGCUGCCAGUGAUGUGGCCCAGCUCUCCCACAGGGUGGCCGAGGCCAAGGGGAAAGCAGAUGAGGCCCGAAUGCAGGCACAGGCAGCCCUGGAGAAGGCGAACCAGACCAGGGCCCGCGUGGAGAGCUCUAACAAGGAGCUGCGGGAGCUCAUCAGUCAUGUCAAGGCCUUCCUGAGCCAGGAGGGGGCUGACCCCGAGAGCAUCGAGGUAGUGGCCAGCCGGGUGCUGGAGCUGUCGCUCCCUGCUGCGCCGGCCCAGAUCCACCACCUGGCCGAGGAGAUCAAGGCACGGGUGCGCAGCCUGGCCAGCGUGGAUGCCAUCCUGGAGCAGACGGCUGGUGAUGUGCGCCAGGUCGGGCAGCUACUGCAGGACGCCCAGAGGGCCAGGUCACGGGCGGAGGGGAUGCGGGGCACAGCUGAGGCAGUGCAGCAGGCACUGGAGGAGGCGCGGCAAGCCCAGGGCAUGGCCGAGAAGGCGCUGCACCGUGCCACCGGUGACAUCCAGCACAGCGAGAGCGCCCUCGGCAUGAUGCAGGACCAGAUGGUGAGCACAGAGCAGCGACUAGCAGGUGCCAUGGGGAGGAUUGGACUCCUGGAUGGACAGACGGACGCCCUGAAGGUGAAACGUGCCAACAACAGCCUGGCAGCCACACGUGCCCAGGAGGCAGCUGGUGCUGCACGGGACCGAGCUGGCGAGGCCAAGCAGCAGGUGCUGGAGGGGCUGCUGCGGGACCAGUACCGGACGGCACAGGAGCUAGUGCAGCACCGGGCACAGGGUGCACAGCAGGCGGGCAACCGGGCACAGCAGCUGCGGGACAAGGCUGCCAGGCUGCUGCAGGAUGCUCAGGGCAAGCUGCAGCGGCUGCGAGUGCUGGAGGAGGCGUAUGAGCGCAAUGAGCGAGUGCUGGACGCCAAGGCAGCCCAGCUGGGCGGGCUGGAGGCCAGAAUGAGGGAGGUGCUAGCCACCAUCAACCAGCAGGUCCAGAUCUACAACACCUGCCAGUGAUCCCUGGAGGGGCUUGCACUCCCCACCCCAGCCCCCCAGCCUCUCCCACCCAGCCUCUGCCUGCCCCCGGAGCUGUGGGCAGGGUGGGGCCUGUGGGACACCCCCCUGUGUGAAUAAAGUUACAGAGCAAGA